CUUAGGGAUCUUAAUGGGCGAAAGGGCAAGGAGUGUUGGGCCCACAAAUUUAGGGUGUCCCGUAGACGACGGUCGGCGAAGGGGGCGUGUGGGUUUAGGUGGCCGGAAGCACAUUCGGAAGGGCAAGCCAAGGCAGGGGGGAUGAGCCUGUUGACGGCGGCGGCGCUGCAGGGGGUGGCGCUGGCGCAGGCGCGGGCCAGGAUCUUCGGACACGUCCUGAAUCCUUUGGGGAAGCGAUCCCCUCGCAAGAUCCUCCGGAAGAAGCUCAUCGGAGACAAGGUCGCCCAGUGGUACCCUUACGACAUCAAGAAUGACGAUCCCCUCGUCCUCGCUCGCGAAGAGAAACUGCGAUUGGCCAAGUUGGAAAUGUUGAAGCGCCGCGGGAAGGGCCCUCCAAAGAAGGGCCAAGGAAGACGUGCCUGCCGUUAAGCACAAUAAAUAAUUGUCUCAUUCAUUACCAGCGUUUCGGAAUUUGUUGAGCUCCUCAUGUGCUAGACUAUCUCGGUAGCUUAUCAUUUGCGUGACUAUCUAUGUUUAAUCACACCCUUAUGUGCUAGAUAGAGAGACCUGUAAUCAUGGGAGAGGGUAAUUGAUCCUUCAGUGUCAUGGACCAGUUUUUGUGUAAUGCACCGUCGAACAUGGGGGGCGGUUCUCUGGUGCGUGGAUUGUUGUUGGCUCACUGUCUACAUUGCAUUAACUUGUUGUGAGUAAUGGUAUGGUGACAACUCGUCAUUGGUAUUG